AUGUCAGAUACUGUAAUAGACGAAAGAGUCACUGAUGAAAUAGAAGCAUUAAGAGCAAUUCUACUCGACGAUGAGUUGAAUAUAAAAGAAAAUGAAAGAGGUGAGCCAGAAUGUAUUGAGACUGUGUUAUUUCCUUCGACUGGUGAAGAUUCUGAGUCUCAAUAUGUUUGUGUAACAUUAAUUGUUCAAUUACCUAUUGGAUAUCCUGAUGUAUCACCUACUAUUAACCUUAGAAAUCCUAGAGGUUUAGAUGAGGAAACAGUGAAACUUAUGCAGUCAGAUGCAGAAGCAAAAUGUGCAGACUUUAUAGGUCAGCCAGUAAUGUUCGAAUUGAUUGAGUUAAUAAGAGAACACCUUACAAGGAGUAAUCUUCCUACGGAUCAAUGCGCCAUAUGUUUGUAUGGUUUUCGAGAAAGAGAUGAAUUUACAAAGACAGAAUGUUAUCAUUAUUUUCAUUCGCACUGUUUAGCAGCGCACAUUGCAGCUGCGGAACGAUAUUAUAGAGAAGAACAAGAAAAACUGCCACAAUGGCAACAAGAUGUUAAAAAUAAAUUUCAGGCUAUAUGUCCUGUGUGUCGAGAAUCAAUCAAUUGUGAUGUAGAGAAUCUUUGGUCAGCACCACUUCCAAUUGACGUUGAAGCUGCUACAGAUUUUUCAGUUACUACAGAAUUGAGAGAAUUACAGAAACAAAUGGCAACAUUAUUUUUGAGGCAACAACAGAGGGGUGGUAUAAUAGAUUUAGAAACUGAAGGUGUGAAAAUGCUGGUAAGAACAGAAGAUGAAUCUGAGACAACUACUGAAGAAUUUAAUCUACCAGGAACCAGCUUAAAUACAUACCCAGAUCAGACUGUACAACCUGUUAACCAAAUGCAGUUACUGCAAUCGAAGCAGCCCUUGCACCAGGCACAAAAUCAUGGUCAUUGUCAGCCACGGCCCCUACAUAAUACGUACCACGGGCAUAAUAAUCAGAGACAUCGGAAUAGAGGAGGUCGUGGACGAGCUAAUUACCGUCGCCAGUUUGACAGAGUUAGACAGACGGAAUCUACUCCCACAUGACAAUGGGUUCGAAGUAAACUUUACUAUCUGGUCUUCUAUUUCACUAAUUGUACACAAAAAUGUUUAACAUUAGUAGCAUAAUUAUGAAUAUAUUAUAUGAUAAUUGUUCAACUUCAAAUCACUUUUACGUGAUAAAAUUAUAGGUAUUAUCGUUCAGCAACAUUCCCGUUGUAACGGUGUAUAAAAUGACGCAUGUUCGUAUUGUCACAGACAAGACAUAAGAAUUUAUUCUUAUAUCUCGUCUAUGGUAUUACCAAGGACUGUUUGUAUAGACUGAAGCCAUGGUGCUCUUUUGAACGAUCUGCAGUCGUACACAGUUAAUUAAUUUUUUUUUAAUGUACAUGUGUACACAGAGGUGUAAGUACUAUAGCAUAUUAUAAAAAACAAACCGGAAAAAAGUUCACAAUCAAAUACUACCCACUAAAAAUAUAUUAUACCAGUGAUUUAGAAUUUAAUGAUGUAGGAACAUAAAAAAAAUAAUAAUAUGUAUCAUUUGUAUUGUGUACAUUUUAGGAUAAUUUUCGUGUGCGCUUUGCAAUUUAUAAUACUCAUUUUCCUCCUAUCACAUGUAUCGACUAUCAAUGAUAUUAUGGGUCGUGACGUAUAACA